CCAGCACCCAAAAUCCCUACGUGCUCGACGACACUGCUCAUUCGAAUAAAAAGAUAAAAUUUCAAAACUAAAGUGUGACACACUUUUUUGAUCAAUAAAGCGUUACGAAAUGAGCUCAACUCACGGUAAACAAGAAAUCACCGACCCUGUUGAGGAAAUGUUGAGAAAAACCGGCUGCAUUAACCACCACUACAAAGUUCAAGAAUGUAUAGCGGAAACUCAAGACUGGAGACAAUGUAAGAAGCAAGUCUCUGAUUUUAGGAAAUGUAUGUCAGAAUAUGAAGACAGAAAAAAGAACGGAAUAAUUUGAGGUUAUACAACCUGAUCAUAGACUAGAAAAAUGUAAAGUAAUUGUUGUUACGAUAAUAUUAUCUGAUUUUUACUUGAUAUAACUGUGUAUAACAAGUGUUUGAUUGUAUUGAUAACAUUAAUUUGUGAAAAUAUAUAUUUUGUUUUUAA